AUGUUAGAAAAUGUUGCGGGCGCUGACAAUAUCGAACAUCAUUUCCUACCAGGAAAUGCCCCUCACCUUGGGGGGUUGUGGGAAGCGGGUAUAAAAUCCGUGAAAACUCAUCUGAAACGGGUUAUAGGCGAACAAAUCCUUACAUAUGAGGAAUUUUAUACCGUCUUAGUUCAGAUCGAAGCGGUUUUGAACUCGCGGCCUUUGACUCCAAUGAGUUCUGACGUUAAUGAUCUGUCAGUUUUGACAGCAGGCCAUUUUUUAACACUCGAGCCAUUGCACGCUUUACCGGAUCAGGAUGUUACUGAUGUCCCUAUGUCUCGUCUCAAAAGAUGGCAAUUAAUCCAGCGAUUGCAACAAGAUUUCUGGCAAAGAUGGAAACGCGAAUAUCUACAUACGCUCCAACAAAGGAGUAAAUGGUUAAGUGAUACUGACGCACCGACUAUAGGGACUUUAGUACUUAUUAAAAACGAUAAUGCACCCCCUUUGAAGUGGGAGAUGGGACGAAUCUUGCAAGUCCAUCCCGGUUUGGAUAAAGUGGUAAGAGUGGCCACCUUCAAGGUGCAGCGAGGCACCAUAACCAGACCUUUAGUCUUUAGUCAUGUUAUGUCCCUUACCGGUUGA